AUGGGUCCAGAGAACAAGACACAAAUAGCAUUUCUGCUUCUGGGAAUUUCAGAGGAUCCCCAAUUGCAGCCAAUUCUCUUUGGAUUGUUCCUGGCCAUGUACCUGAUCACUGUACUUGGGAAUCUGCUUAUCAUCCUGGCCACAAUCUCAGAUUUCCACUUGCACAUGCCAAUGUACUUCUUCCUCUCCAAUCUGUCUUUUGCAGACAUCUGUUUAACAACCACCAUAGUCCCAAAAAUGCUGGUGAAUAUCCAGACACAGAACAAGACCAUCACCUAUGAAGGCUGCAUCACAGAAAUGAUUUUCUUUAUACUCUUUAUAACAUUAGACAUCUUUCUGUUGACUAUGAUGGCCUAUGAUCGCUUUGUGGCCAUCUGUCAUCCCCUGCAUUACAAGGUCAUCAUGAAUCCUGGGCUCUGUGUGUUGCUGGUUCAGGUGUCCUGGAUGGCUAGUAUCCAGAACUCCCUGUUACAAGGCUUAAUGGUGCUGCGACUGUCCUUCUGUGCUCACUUGGAAAUCCCACACUUUUUCUGUGAACUUAAUCAGGUAGUCCACCAUGCCUGUUCAGACACCUAUGUUAAUGAUGUGGUGAUGUAUGUUGCAACUUUGCUACUGGGUAGUGGUCCCUUUGCUGGCAUCCUUUAUUCUUAUUUUAAGAUAUUUUCCUCCAUUAAUGCAAUUUCCUCAGCUCAAGGGAAGUAUAAGGCAUUUUCAACUUGUGCAUCUCAUCUUUCAGUUGUCUCCUUAUUUUACUGUCCAAGCUUAGGUGUUUACCUUAGUUCUGCCACAAGCAAAAACUCAUACUCAGGUGCAAGAGCAUCAGUGAUGUACACUGUGGUGACACCCAUGUUGAACCCCCUCAUCUACAGCCUGAGGAAUAAGGAAGUAAAGAGAGCUCUGAAAAGACUUUUUGGACAGAAAUUAUAA